AUGGCCGAGUGUCCCCUGCAGACGCCCACGCUGCACGUCGGUGACUGGAUAGACGUGCUCGACGGCGACGGAAUCUGGAACGUUGCGCAGGUACUUCGACUGGCCACGUCCGAGAUGGUGGAAGUGACAUAUGACUGCUGGGGAGCCGAGUACAACGAGGUGUUGCCGCGAGACAGCGACCGAAUCGCUCCGUACGGCACGCACACGUGGUCGGUCAAGUGCUGGGCCAAGCUCGACACCUGGCCCUGGUGGCCAGCCGUACUCACGGUGCGAGCUCCUGGCUCUGCUGUCGGUGCGCAAAACCUGAGACGGGAGGAGCGACUGCUCGUAGACUUUCUCGACCACACGGAGUUCCUGGAACGUUGCAGGUGCUGGGUUAAACAAAACCAAACCAUGGCGCUUGAUUGCCACCAAGACACGAGAAAACGGUUAAUGACGCUAAAGAGUAAGAAGAGAACAAAUGUGAUGGAUGCACGGGCAAGCAAGUUGGCGCUCGCAAAGACGUUACUCGCCCAGUGCGAUGCGCGAGACAAGUUUCCGAAAUUCUGUGAAGGAACGCUGCCGGUGCAAUUUGAAAACCGAUGUACGAGGCCGAAUACUGAAGUGAGACUCGAAAUGGGGGAACAGCGCUGGAUGCGCGGCUUUGCUGAUAACAGGGUCAAUCAUGCAGCAGCACAUGCGUAUGCACCAGUGCUCGCUGGCGACGGAAACGGUCAUGAGUUGCUAAGUGUGGCAACAAAGACCGACGCAGAUCGAACCAGGCCCGAGUCCAGUGCGUCGUCAAUCGAAGUCAAUGAACAUAGAUCUUUGUGGAGCACAAGAAUGAUGGAUGUAGCCAAUGCUUCGUUAAAGUCUGCCGAUGCUCUCAAUGUGCCUGAAAGCAUGAAAUUGCCGCGAAAACCGAAGGAAUCGCGCAAGCGAGCGAUAUCAAACGCCGGAGAUGAAGUGUUCGGCAGCACUCAUGAAUCCGAUCCUGUUGACAGCAAGUGUGUACAACAAUAUAGCGCAGCUGAAGGAGUCAUGAAGUCUACUGCUGAUCCCGAAGAGUCUCGUGUUCAGACACGGAGAUACGGAAAGACACCCAAGGUACUCAAGAUAUCGAAAGCGUCGGCUUCUGGACCACUACCGCACUUCCCAGUCCACGUCUCGGAUCUUUUGAAAGAGAAGUGUCGGGACGACAAGGACAUCGCGAACCAUGUGCGACUAUGCGCAACAAAAGGUGUACCGGUCAAAAAGUUGCCCGUGUUGGAUCGGCGCAUGGGAAAGAUACAUGCAGUACUGCGAGGAAGUUUGCCAGGCGAGUUGAAGCUUGAAAACAAGAAUGUGAGUCCGAUGGAAAGGCUUGCUCGAUCAACUGAAGCCACUUUGCAAGCUUAUAAGAAGCUGCGCGACACAGAAGCUGCAGUGGGCGGCAAGCUGACUGAGCUUGUCGAGAAGACCGCAGAAGCUGAAGAGCUUUGGAGGAGAUAUACAGAUUCGCUAUGGGUAGACUCUUCCACAUCAGCGCCGUUUCGUGGUACUCAGCAGUUCGACGACGGGAUCGAUCAGGCGGUCUGGUCUACCGUCAAGGCUGCCGGCGAAACGGAUGGUGCCAUCGACGAAAAUCGAUCAUGCGCAAGCGAGACUUCUGGCUCUCGUGGUACUCUACAGAAGUCGUCAUCUGCGAAGACAGCGUCGCAGUCCGAGUGUGGAAGCGCUGCAGCUCCUUGUACGUCACGCUGUCAACUAGCUGCUGAGCUGGAUGACAUGAAAGCCGGCUUGCUCGCCUCUUCGGACGGACAAGGUGUCUUCCCUCGAAUGAAGCACGCUCGCAAUGGAACGCCGACUCCUGCAGGAUGCCCGCUGCCUCACCACAGCAGCCACCGCAAGGAAGUCAAGUGUUGUUGCUCGAACAUAUCAUCGCAAUCAGUUAGCCAACAGCUCAGCGGAUCCUGGCCAAGAGACCACAGCUCGUCGACCUUCAGCUUGCGCGACGAUUUCUCAAUUAGUCAGUGGUAUCGCGAGUUGUACCCAAAGUCCUUCGACCUCGAGCGACUGUGA